UGUAGCCUAUUGAUACACGCACGCGAAUCGCCGAACUUCAUAUAUGGAUUAUUCCAGCCCUCAGACCCUUUGAUUGGAUGUUUUUUUAAUCUUUAAACAGUGAUUUUACCUUGGAAUAAAAGCUAAAAUCAUCGCUGCAACUUAAAAGCCAUUAUGUUUUGUACUUAAGAUCUCCAGGACACACGAUCCUUGCGCACUUUUGACUAAAAGCGUGAGUGAUGUUUCCAGCUGCUUUCACACAUUACUGACCCGUGCAGUAUUUAGGCAUUUGGCGGUAUAAAGGCACUGAGUUGUUGCAUAAAGCAACUAAAGUCUUUGUCCCGGAGCCCUUGGAGAGAUGGAGGGACAGGAUGGCAAAGGGAAUAAUGACAGUAAUCAAAAGGCAGACAAUAGGUUUGCUCUUUGGUACAUGGGCUGGUCAUCUCUGGACAGGCGGACCACGCUGCCCAUGCUGCCCUGGCUGGUGGCGGAGAUCCGGAGGAAAAGUGAGAAGAACGAGUCCGGUCCCGCACAGGCCAGAGAAGUUCAGCUGUAUCUCUCGCCCCCUCUGAUCCGCUGCGUGCCAGCAAACAGCAGCAACCCGUCCGUGUUCAUAUUCGAGCACAAAGCACAGUUUAUAUCCAGGUUUAUCCACAAUAGCCAUGACCUGUCUUAUUUUGCCUACCUUAUCAGAAGUCAACCCGAUAACCCAGAGUCUGAGAUGGCAUGCCAUGUGUUUAAAGCAUGUGAUCCAAACAAGGUGCCUGAGGUUAUUAGCAGCAUUAGACAGGUGUCCAAGGCUGCUCUUAAGGAGGAAAGCAAGCCCAGGCAAGACAGUGAUGAGUCUUUUUACAACUCCCAAAAAUUUGAAGUGCUUUACUGUGGAAAAGUGACAGUCAACCACAAGAAAGCCCCUUCCACUCUGAUCGACGACUGCAUUGACAAAUUCCGCCAGCACGAGAUUGAGCGUAAGCGUCUGCGGCUCCUCAAUGGCCAGCGCAGCUCCACCGAGGCCCCUGUGGAGUUCAUUAUGGGUGACGACCCUCUAAGCUCCUCCCUCUGCAAAGUCGACGAACUCGAGACCAACUUGAUUGAGGAAGAGCUGUCUGAGAAGGGCAAUGGGAAUCUGGACCUGACUAGCUCCUCCAGUACCGGCAGCCUACUAGGGGUCUUUCCUGAAUGUAUCUUGGAGGACUCAGAUUUUGGGGAGCAGCAGGAGAUUCGUACGCGCUGUAAUAGCUUGGCGGGCGGUCUGCAGAAAAGGCCCAGAGAGGCGGGCAAGGGGUCGACUCGUAGGAGACACGCUAGUGAGCCCAAUAACGUGCAGCCUUCUGACGCUGACAAGAAUCGCACAAUGCUGUUCCAGGUUGGACGGUUUGAAGUGAAUCUCAUCAGCCCUGACACCAAAUCUGUGGUUCUGGAGAAGAAUUUUAAGGAGAUCUCGUCCCGUUCACAGGGUGUUAAACAGACAGAUCACUUUGGCUUUAUUUGUCGGGAUGUGGUGGAGUCUGGCCCAGCCCAGUAUGUGUGUUACGUGUUCCAGUGCGCUAGUGAGUCUCUGGUGGAUGAAGUAAUGCUCACCCUGAAACAAGCUUUUACCACAGCAGCAGCUCUGCAGAGCUCCAAGAACCAAAUCGAACUGUGUGAAGCUUGUCCAAUGCAUGACUUGCACAAGCUCUGUGAGAGAAUAGAAGGCUUGUAUCCUCCCAGGGCAAAACUAGCCAUUCAGAAGUACCUGUCCGAACUGAGCGACAACGAGCAGGUCAACAUAUUCGAGCGGGUGCAGAAAAUGAAGCCAGCAUCCGAUCAUGAAGAAAACGAGCUUGUGAUUCUUCACCUCCGACAGCUGUGCGAGACUAAGCAGAAGUCUCAUGUUCAUAUUGGAGAGGUCCCACAGAAUGCUUCUGGCAGCACCAUGACCUCUGAUAACUCCAGUGCAGGCCGCAAUAAACUGGACGCGUUGAAGAACAAAGCCCGGAGUUCUCUGACAAGCUCCCUGGAGAACAUCAUCUCACGAGGGGCCAACCGUAUGCGAAUGCGUCUCGGCAGCAUGGGAAGUUUUGACCGCCAGGCUGACUCCCCUGGUGAUUCCCCACCUGGGACUCCACCCAGUUACCUUGAGGAGGACCCAGAUGCCCCGCAGUUCCGUCGCCGGGCGCACACCUUCAGCCACCCGCCCAUCAAAAAAAAGAUCUCCUUCACUGAGGUUUCCUCCCAGGCCUGUAAGGCUCCGCUGCGGCGACAGCAGUCUUUGGCCCCAGAGCUGCUGCAGAGCAGCACCGUUGGUUUCUCGAGAGUGCGCAGUGUCUCUGAGAGCGAGUCCUACUUCAGUCUCUCAUCCUCCUUCCACACCCCCACUUUCCUGAAAACCUUUUACCAGGGCUCCCUUAGCUCACUGGCCUCCCUGUCGGACGGCGAGAGUCUUAAGAGUGGUAAUGGAGAGGGCAGGAAGAGGUCUCUGUCCGGUUGUAGCACCGAUUCUUUGACCUUGGUGCCUCCACGCAGAGUUUCUUGGCGCCAGAAGAUUUUCCUAAGGGUGGCGUCACCCAUGAACAAACCCUCUGCAUCUAUGCAAAACGUGGACCACAUGGAUGGCCGGGAACUGCUGCCACUUUCUCCUCGGGCUUUGAACCAGGAUCAAAACCCUCAGGUCAGCCCCUUGACCCCAGAGCAGGGCUUUGGUGGAGAGAAGGGCCGGCGGAGCCCAGCUGAUUACAGGGCCCUGUGGAAGAAAGCCAUCCACCAACAGAUUUUGCUCAUCCGCAUGGAGAAAGAGAAUCAGCGCCUGGAGGAAGCCAGCCGUGAUGAAUUGCACAUUCGGAAAAUGAAGCUGGACUACCAGGAAGUGUGUCAGUGCUCAAAAGAGGUGCAGGCCCUUUGGGACAGGAAAUUGAGCAGUCCCUGCCGCACUAAAGUACAAUGGGACAAAGAAGAGAUCCACGGUGCUGUCUGUCAAGGUGUCCCCAAAAGUCGGCGAGGUGAAGUGUGGCUCCUGCUCUCCCAGCAGUAUCGUUUGCGUCACCGUCUGCCGCAGAGGCAGCAGCCCCCUGAAACGCCUUAUCAGGAUCUCCUCAAACAGCUCACAGCACAGCAACACGCCAUCCUGGUCGACCUUGGCCGGACAUUCCCAACACACCAGUAUUUCAGCACUCAGCUGGGAGCUGGACAGCUGUCUCUGUACAAUCUUCUAAAGGCCUACUCCCUGCUGGACACGGAGGUGGGCUACUGCCAGGGGAUCAGUUUUGUGGCCGGUUUGCUGCUGUUGCAUAUGAGCGAGGAACAGGCUUUCGACACUCUCAAGUUCCUCAUGUACGACCUAGGCAUUCGCCGGCAGUACCGUCCCGACAUGAUCUCUCUGCAGAUCCAGAUGUACCAGCUGUCCCGACUGUUGCACGAUUAUCACCGUAACCUGUACACUCACCUGGAGGAGCACGAGAUCUGUCCCAGCCUGUACGCCGCACCCUGGUUUCUCACUCUCUUCGCCUCUCAGUUCCAGCUUGGCUUUGUUGCCCGUAUAUUUGACCUCCUGUUUGUCCAAGGCACGGAGGCGAUUUUUAAGGUGGCCCUGUGUUUGCUAAGCAGCCACGAGGGAGAGAUACUGGAGUGUGACGGCUUUGAAAGUAUUGUAGACUACCUUAAAUCCACCAUCCCCACCCUCACUCACAGCCAGAUGGAAGAGACAAUCACCAAGGCAACUGAGAUGGAUAUCUCCAAGCAGCUGCAUGCGUAUGAAGUGGAGUACCACGUCCUGCAGGAUGAGCUGUCAGACGCUCCUCCACCAUCAGAGGACUCUGAUAGACUUGAUAAACUGGAGAAAGCCAAUGCCCAGCUCAAGAAACAGAACAUGGACUUACUAGAGAAACUGCAGGCAGCUCGUUUGAAGAUUCAGACAUUGGAGGGCAGCAUGGAGAGCUUCCUGUCACGCGAGAGCAAGAUGAAGCACCUGAUCCGUUCUCUGGAACAGGAGAAAGCUUCCUACCAAAAGACCAUUGAGCGCAUGCAUAGCAGUUUACCUUCGGAUGCCAUGGCUGAAGUGGAGAUGACCCAACUCAAGUCCAGCACCAACGGGAAAGCCAAAGAAACUGCCUGCAAAAAGCCUUGAAUCACCAUCCUACUGA